AUGAAUUUUGGCGUCAACUGCACCUACUCUGCUCCCUCCCAAGCGCUCCACGUUACGACCUGCCCGCUUCAAGAGCAGUCUCAACCCAGAUUUACCCACCGAAGCACAAAUCGGGUACUCUUUGGCGUCCAUGCCAAUUCUUCGAUAUUCGAGCAUACCGCGAAACGUCAAGUUGAAGAAGAAGUACCACAUGCGCGGCUUUCUGCCGUUCUUUAUCCAAAAUGGCCACAGCAACUGAUAGUCGCGCUUUCGCAAACAUCUCCAUCGCAGGACAGAAUAGCGGUCUGGGGUCACUGA